AUGAAAAUCCCGCUGUGGAGCCUGGUGGUGCUGCUGGCAUGUCUCUUUGCCGCUGGACAAAGUGACUGCCAGGGGGAAUGUGUGGCCUGCAGUCUGUUCCUGCAGAAGCAACAACAGCUGCAGCAACCCUUCAACACCAUGGUGUGCUUGUUGGAGUGUGAGGGUCAUGUCUCCUCCUUGCUCACAUGGGAGUUGUGUAAACGUUCUAUCAAAAUGUCAAACAAUCCUAUGUUUCCUGAGGGAGGUGCUCUGUUCAAGAGAACAGGAAAAGAGCUGGAGCUGACCUCUCUUGACCUAAACUCUGAUAGUGAAUUGCUGCAGUCUGCAACCGCAGAGCGUUUGCAGGUGGGGGAUCAGGAUGAGACAUCAGUUGAGCAGCCCAGUGUCCAGUAUGACUCAUCACUGCUGGAAUCCUCUGAUGAGGGGGAGGGCCUGCAGGGUUUGGAUCUCGAUCGGGUGGAUGAAGAGAUGACACCGAGUGAGGAGAGAAAUGUGGCUUGUGACAGCCCGCUAGAGGGGGAUAAGGGUGACAGCUCAGAGUCUAUCAAGUUAUCCAAACGCUUUGGUGGCUUUCAGAGAGGACGCCAUGGGUACAGAAAGCUCAUUGGCUCACCCAUGAGGCCCCUAGAAAAGCGCUAUGGUGGGUUCAUAGGUGUCCGGAAAUCUGCCCGCAAAUGGAACAGUCAGAAACGGGUGAACCAGCUCCUCAGGCAGUACCUGAGCAUGAGGAGCAGCCACAGUGGCAGGUUCAACAACAUCCCCAUAACUCGGGUUUGGAGGCAAAACAAACUGUAGUAUAUUUCUUUUGCUCUCAAAGAAUCCGGCCUCAGUUACCUCAACCAAUCAAUCAUGUUUUCAACAGCUCCAGUUUGAACUGUAAUGUCAUCGUCAUCAGAAGAACAGACUGCCAUCUCGCUGCACCUCUCUUUGUGUCUCUAAGUAACAAGGAAUGUUUUGACCAUGAUGUCCUUCUUAUUAAGCAA